GUUCAGAGUGACCAAGGGUUGCAACACUGUAUCAACCUUUCCGUCAUUCUCAUUCGUUCGUUGGUAGUGUUCGUUCGUUGUCGUUUCAGUUUCAGUUACUCGAGAAUAAAAAAGCCAUUUGAAAUCAACUUUUGAGCGGCAUUAUCGAACUGUGUGUGGCGUAUUUUAUUAGUUUUGUGAAGUAACCGAAAAAAAAAAAAAAAAACACAAAAUGUCGACAGUCGAUAAGGAAGAACUGGUCCAGAAGGCUAAACUGGCCGAGCAAUCAGAGCGCUACGAUGACAUGGCCCAGGCCAUGAAAUCCGUCACAGAGACCGGCGUUGAGCUUUCAAAUGAGGAAAGAAAUCUGCUUUCAGUUGCCUACAAAAAUGUGGUCGGUGCCCGCAGGUCAUCGUGGCGUGUCAUCUCCUCCAUUGAGCAGAAAACCGAAGCAUCCGCUAGAAAACAGCAGCUCGCCCGUGAGUACAGAGAGCGUGUGGAGAAGGAGCUGCGGGAAAUCUGCUACGAAGUUUUGGGACUUCUGGACAAAUACCUUAUUCCAAAAGCCAGCAAUCCCGAGAGCAAGGUGUUCUACCUGAAGAUGAAGGGAGAUUAUUACAGGUAUUUAGCCGAGGUUGCCACAGGAGAUGCACGCAACACCGUCGUUGAGGACUCGAAAAAAGCCUAUCAGGAGGCGUUUGAUAUUGCUAAAACCAAAAUGCAGCCAACACAUCCAAUCAGAUUAGGUCUAGCACUCAACUUUUCCGUCUUCUAUUACGAAAUAAUCAAUUCACCAGCGAGGGCUUGUCACUUAGCUAAACAGGCAUUCGAUGAUGCGAUAGCCGAGCUGGACACACUCAACGAGGACUCCUACAAGGACUCGACACUCAUCAUGCAACUGUUGAGGGACAACCUGACCCUCUGGACCUCCGACACCCAAGGCGACGGCGAUGAGCCACAGGAGGGCGGUGACAACUAACCAAACAACUAAGCAAAAAAUGUUUCCUUUUUGACUAUGCAAAUAUUAUUCAGUAAUACAAAAACAAACAAAACCAGAAACCAACAAAGAGAAACAAAUAUUAUAAAAACAAAACAAAACAAGAAAGAAAACAAACGCAAAACCAGCAGGCAAGCAAAACAAUUUGAAGUGAAACGAUAAUCCAGGCGAGAGAAGAGAGCUAAGCGGAGCAGCGCAGCGCAGACAGACAUUUAAGAUACAUUUGAAUACGAAUUAGCGAGGACGAUGAGCAGCAGGAUUCUAUGCUUCUGUUCAUUUGAGGCCGUUCGGUUGGCCACUCUCUCUCUCUUCCUCACGAUUCUCCGGAUUCGGAUGUUCCGGAUAGUUUUUUUUUGUAGCCGAAGGAACGGCUCCUCUUCUCCUUUGGAGGAGAGGCGAGUGUGCCAGCGGAUCCGAUUCUGAAAAUGUAGACGCAAAACUGCUGCAGCAAACUGCUUAAGAAAUACAGAGAAAAAAAUACAGUAUCGCAGCGGAAUGAUGAUGGAUCGAGCGGUUACAGAGUAUCUUGGAGUUUUGGCGAUGGGAUUUUUUCCGGUUUUUUGAAUCAAAUUAAUCUAGCAGAUAAUUCGUCGUAAUUGUAUGUGUGUUUUUCUUCCCCCGAAACUCUCUAGAGCCUCUGUUUUCUCGCUCGCCAUUGCGAUGCCUCGUUGUGGAUUUCCUCCUUACAAAAAUAAAUAAUAUUCCUAACUGUAUACACAAGAAGAAAUGAAUUGAGAUAAUUCGGCUUAUUAUACGUUUUUUGCAAAGAGUCCAAAUUGAUUAAUUUAAUUGAAUUUUUCGUAUGGCAAGAACAGAAAGAAUGAAAGCAAGACCAGCAACAACAACCAAGCGAACCAAAUGAGAAAAACAAACAAAAAAUAAAACAAAAACUUAUGUAUUAUUUGUAAUUCUUUUUCUAAACAAAUAAAACCAAAAAAACCUAGUUUCCUAUUCUUUAUUAUUUUGAAUUUGAAUUCGAUUUUCGUUCGUCCCCCAGCCCCACCCGCACACACUCACACAAACAGUGACACAGGGUUGCAUUUGCGGAAAUUGGUUCAAAAAAUCCAAAAAGGCAUAAAUCACAGCAGCAGGAACCAUAUUAUCUGUUACGAGGAGAUCGAUCGUGGAGAGAACGGAUGAAUACAGAAACCAAGAAAAAAAAUAAAUAUAAUAAUUGUUCAUUGCUAUUUUUUAUACAUGUCUUACAUAAAACAAAAAAAAAGGGUUAAAAUCUACAAUUGCAAAUUUCUUUGUUGUUUUCUCUUGGUAUAAACAAUUGUGAAAAGCAUAACUCAUUAUAAUACAUACAUAUAUACACGCAUAUUUAUAUAUCCGAAAAAACUGUCUGUCGAAAAGGAGAUUUUUUGUAAAGCGAAGAAAGAGCCCGCGGGGAAGUAACUUAAUUUUAUUCAUUUCCGAUCUGUGCAACAUGGCUAAUGGCACGAGUUUUAUUGUGCGCAAAGUGUCUGCACAUUUUUUCAAAUUUAUAAAAAAUACAUUCAUAUUUUCUAAUUUAACGCCACACUUGUUCCUAAACGUCUGGCAAAUAGUUUUCUCACAUUUUACGCAUUUUUUGUAUUGACUUCCCCGGCUUGAAGCGGAUUUUUCUUCGAAAUUAUAACGACACUUUGCAACCUGCAGCAAAAAUCAGCUAUGGAAAUACUAAAAACAAAAAACAAGAUUGAAUCAAAAUACAUAAAUAUUGUGAACUAAAAACAAUUCAAAUUUUUAAUUUAUACAUACAAGACAACAACUUUGCAUGUGUAUUUGAAAAACAAGAUAAAAUAUAUAUUAUUGUCCAACAGAAAACGGUAAACAUAACAUACAUAUGUAUGUAUGAUAAAAGUAAAUGUAUAUUUUCGCAAUUGAAUUUAUCGCUAUAUUAUGAAUGUGAGGAAUAUAAAACCAAAAAACAAAAAAAUAUAUAUAUAUUUAAAUAAAUGAAACACUUUUUUGCCGCAACGCUAAUAAAGUCGAAAUCCCAGAAAUAUAUAAAACUAAUAAUAAUAAUAAUAUUGUGGAACUGCAAUACACAUUCAUACAAAAAGAAAAACCAAAAACAGAGUAAAUGACAAAAAAACAGAUGAAAAAUGAAAUCCGGGUGUAGGCGUAAAUUGUAUGCAUAUAUAACAGAGGCAAAGAUUGAUGUAUGAGUGGAAUAUUUAAGUUUAUUGAAAUUACAGUUUCUUAAUUACCAACAAAAAAACAAAACAAAAAUUAAAUAAAUAAUAAAAAAAAAAAACGAAGUAUAUUUUUUCAGCGGGUUUUCCUUGAUUUAAAAGUCAAUAAAAGAUAUUCGAAUGUCAGAAAUAUAGGAAAAUUGGCAAAACAACAUCAAAAAUGUACUAUGUUUAGGGCCAAAAUUUACAGUUGGCAUGCAGUCAAUCAAAUUUCGAGUAUUAACUAAAUUUCUAACCCGUUUACCCAUAUCAGGACUGAUCAUCCAUGCAUACGAACUCACCUUGGACAUGGUCUUUUUUAUAG